CUCUUUUUCAAACCGGCGAAAACUGAUUUUUCGCGAAAGUUCAGCAAGCUUGUUGUGAAGUACAAGUUGACAGAAGUAAGCGCCUUUGUAGUUUUCUGCUGGCUUCCUUGUAGAAAUUUGGAAAUGGCCACGUCCGAAGAACCAGCUGUUCAAUUUAAAUGUGUACUUGUCGGUGACGGCGGUACUGGCAAAACCACCUUUGUCAAGCGUCAUUUGACCGGAGAGUUUGAAAAGAAAUAUGUUGCAACCCUCGGUGUUGAAGUGCAUCCGCUCCAGUUCAGCACGAGCCGGGGUAAUAUUCGCUUCAACGUCUGGGACACCGCGGGUCAGGAGAAGUUUGGUGGCCUGCGGGAUGGCUACUACAUCCAAGCUCACUGUGCUAUUAUUAUGUUCGACGUAACAUCCAGAAUCACCUACAAGAAUGUGCCCAACUGGCAUCGAGACCUGGUGCGAGUGUGCGAGAACAUUCCCAUCGUCCUCUGUGGUAACAAGGUUGACAUCAAGGAUCGCAAAGUCAAGGCCCGCAGUAUUGUUUUCCACAGAAAGAAGAAUCUUCAGUACUAUGACAUCAGCGCAAAGUCGAACUACAACUUUGAGAAGCCCUUCCUUUGGCUUGCGCGUAAGCUCGUUGGAGAUCCCAAUCUAGAGUUCGUUGCAAUGCCUGCGUUGCAGCCUCCGGAUGUGCAGAUGGACCCAGAGAUGGCCGCAAGAUACGAACAAGACCUCCGGCAAGCAGAGCAGACUGCCCUUCCCGACGACGAUGACGAUUUGUAAAGCAUUUUUUCAGUACAUGGACCAUAACAAGUUAAUAAGCUCUUUUUUAUUUGCGUUGUUUUCUUGUUGUUUUGUUACCUCUCCGCCCGCCGUAUCUUGCCUUGCCAAGUCUAACCGGGCGACAACGACCACGCUCUGAAUCCCUUCAUUGCGGUCUGAUCCAAUACAAAUCAGAUCAGAUUGUGGUCUGAUCAGAUAAGAAAUCGCUACGCAUUACUAACGGAGCUCUUUCGAUACAGGGAACAGUACACAUUUUGCACAUGGAUUUAUUGCUUUUUGUGUGACGGCAGAAGUGUUUGUUCUUAUCUGUCCUGCUUUUGUACAUCUCACCACACCUACUGAUUGGGACGCAGCAGCCCUUCAGUGUUUGCUUGACCUUGGAAGCAAUCCCGUGUAUAGUAUACUGCGUGCAUUGCGCAGAACGUUGGCGUUCGUACCGUGCCGAAGAGCUAACGAUUGCACUCGUUUUGAUUAUUCGUUUGCUGCUCUUCAGUCACCACUUGUCAGAUGGCGUGCAUCUGAAAACAAGUGUGAUGAUAUUUUUAAAACAAGAAUUGUUUUGAACAAGCA